GCGGCAAUCCCAGAAUUCACCGCGCGCCGCCUCGGGCCGGAACUGCCCGGAUAGCCUCUGCUUAGCGCAGAGCUGUGUUGCCCCGGAGCAAGACCUGCCGCUGGCGAGUCUCUGGGGCUGAGCUCUGCGCCUUGAGGAGUUCCCCCUGCAGCCUCGGGCAUGAAGAGAUCUCUGUAGCUUUUGGGACCGUGGACAUUUUUAUCAGCCAUCGUCUAGGGAAGGCGCUUGUUGCUGCCUUCUGACCUCGUAAAGCUUCAAAACUGGCACGGCGCAAAACAAUCCAACCCCCUGUGAAGAUGGCCUCGGUGCCUGUGUAUUGCCUCUGUCGACUGCCUUAUGAUGUGACCCGCUUCAUGAUCGAGUGUGACAUGUGCCAGGACUGGUUUCACGGCAGUUGUGUUGGUGUUGAGGAGGAGAAGGCUGCUGAUAUUGACCUGUACCAUUGCCCCAACUGUGAAGUCUUACAUGGACCCUCCAUUAUGAAAAAACGUCGUGGAUCUUCCAAAGGACAUGAUAAUCACAAGGGGAAACCAUUGAAGACUGGGAGCUCUAUGUUUAUCCGAGAACUACGGGGUAGGACUUUUGACAGCUCAGAUGAAGUGAUUCUGAAGCCCACUGGAAGUCAGCUGACUGUGGAAUUCUUGGAAGAGAAUAGCUUCAGCGUGCCUAUUCUUGUCUUGAAGAAGGAAGGGUUGGGGAUGACAUUACCCUCUCCAUCAUUCACUGUGAGAGAUGUGGAACACUAUGUUGGUUCUGACAAAGAGAUUGAUGUGAUUGAUGUGGCCCGGCAGGCUGACUGCAAGAUGAAACUCGGUGAUUUUGUCAAAUACUAUUACAGUGGGAAGAGGGAAAAAGUCCUCAAUGUCAUUAGUUUGGAAUUCUCCGAUACCAGGCUUUCAAACCUUGUGGAAACACCCAAGAUUGUUCGCAAGCUGUCAUGGGUGGAGAACUUGUGGCCAGAGGAAAGUGUCUUUGAGAGGCCCAAUGUACAGAAGUACUGCCUCAUGAGUGUGCGGGAUAGCUAUACAGAUUUUCACAUUGACUUUGGUGGGACCUCAGUUUGGUACCAUGUGCUUAAGGGUGAGAAGAUCUUCUACCUGAUCCGCCCAACAAAUGUUAAUCUGACUCUCUUUGAGUGCUGGAGCAGCUCCUCUAAUCAGAACGAGAUGUUCUUUGGUGACCAGGUGGAAAAGUGCUACAAGUGUUCUGUGAAGCAAGGACAAACACUGUUUAUUCCUACAGGAUGGAUACAUGCUGUGUUAACACCCGUGGACUGCUUAGCAUUUGGAGGGAACUUCUUACACAGCCUUAACAUUGAAAUGCAACUCAAGGCUUAUGAGAUUGAGAAGCGGCUGAGUACAGCAGACCUUUUCAAGUUUCCCAACUUUGAGACCAUCUGUUGGUAUGUGGGAAAACAUAUUCUGGACAUCUUUCGAGGCUUACGAGAGAAUAGGAGACACCCUGCCUCCUACUUGGUCCAUGGUGGUAAAGCUCUGAACUUGGCAUUUAGAGCCUGGACAAAGAAAGAAGCUCUGCCAGACCACGAGGAUGAGAUCCCAGAUACAGUGCGGACUGUACAGCUCAUUAAAGAUCUGGCUAGGGAGAUCCGCUUGGUUGAAGACAUCUUCCAACAGAACGUUGGGAAGACGAGCAAUAUCUUUGGGCUGCAGAGGAUCUUCCCAGCUGGCUCCAUCCCCUUAACCAGGCCAGCCCAUUCCACUUCAGUAUCCAUGUCCAAGCUGUCACUGCCCUCCAAAAAUGGUUCAAAGAAGAAAGGCCUGAAGCCCAAGGAUAUCUUCAAGAAGGCAGAGCGAAAGGGCAAGCAAAGUUCAGCCUUGGGGCCUGCUGGCCAGUUGAGCUAUAAUCUCAUGGACCCAUACAGUCAUCAGGCACUGAAGACAGGCUCUUCCCAGAAAGCAAAGUUCAACAUCGGUGGUACCUGCUUGAAUGACUCAGAUGAUUCUGCAGACAUGGACCUUGAUGGCAGUGAGAAUCCCCUGGCCCUGUUGAUGGCUAAUGGCAGUACGAAGAAGGUGAAGAGCGUAUCCAAGUCACGGAAAGCCAAAAUUGCAAAGAAGGUAGACAGUGCAAGACUGGUAGCAGAACAGGUCAUGGGAAAUGAGUUUGACUUGGAUUCAGAUGAAGAGCUGCAGAUUGAUGAGAAGUUGGGAAAGGAAAAGGCAAAGCUGUUAAUAAGAUCAAAAUUUCCCCGGAAGUUGCCCCGUGCAAAACCUUGCUCUGAUCCCAACCGAAUUCGUGAACCUGGAGAAGUUGAGUUUGACAUUGAGGAGGACUAUACAACAGAUGAGGACAUGGUGGAAGGGGUUGAAAGCAAGCUUGGGAAUGGGAGUGGAGCUGGUGGAAUUCUUGAUCUACUUAAGGCCAGCAGGCAGGUGGGGGGACCUGACUAUGCUGCCGUCACUGAGGCCCCAGCCUCCCCCAGCACUCAAGAGGCCAUCCAGGGCAUGUUGUGUAUGGCCAACCUGCAGUCCUCAUCAUCCUCACCAGCUACCUCCAGUCUGCAGACUUGGUGGACCGGAGGAGGGCAAGACCGAAGCAGCGGGAGCUCCAGCAGUGGGCUGGGCACUGUGUCUAGUAGCCCUGCUUCCCAGCGCACCCCAGGGAAGCGGCCCAUCAAGAGGCCAGCAUACUGGAAAAACGAGAGUGAAGAGGAGGAGAAUGCCAGUCUCGAUGAGCAAGACAGCUUGGGAGCAUGCUUCAAGGAUGCUGAGUAUAUCUAUCCAUCCCUGGAGUCUGAUGAUGAUGACCCUGCUUUGAAAUCUCGACCCAAGAAAAAGAAGAAUUCAGAUGAUGCUCCAUGGAGUCCUAAAGCCCGUGUGACUCCAACCCUACCCAAGCAGGACCGUCCUGUUCGUGAGGGGACCAGAGUUGCCUCCAUUGAGACAGGCUUGGCUGCAGCAGCUGCAAAACUUGCCCAGCAGGAGCUUCAAAAGGCCCAAAAGAAGAAAUAUAUCAAGAAGAAGCCUUUGCUGAAGGAGGUAGAACAACCUCGCCCUCAAGAUUCCAAUGCCAUCGUGACAAUGCCUGCACCAACACUGGCUCCUACACCCCAGCCUGUCACCUCCUCCUCACCCCAGCCACCUCCUGAGCCUAAACAAGAGGCUCUGUCAGGAAGUCUUGCUGACCAUGAGUACACUGCUCGUCCCAAUGCCUUUGGCAUGGCUCAGGCAAAUCGCAGCACCACACCCAUGGCCCCUGGAGUCUUCCUCACCCAGCGGCGCCCUUCAGUUGGUUCCCAGAGCAGUCAGGCAGGACAAGGAAAGCGUCCUAAAAAGGGCCUGGCCACAGCAAAGCAGAGACUCGGCCGCAUCCUGAAAAUCCACAGAAAUGGCAAGUUACUUCUGUGAGAUGAGCCCCAUCAUGUCCUACUCCUUCAUCCCUUCACCCCCAUUGCCUUCUUCGUUGUUGACUCGGGGCACUCCUGGAUCCUAUGAGCCCCGGACAAGGUGCAUUGUCCUGCUUUCUUGGGACUAACCAAAGGCACGGACUAUCUCCAACUCCCUUUCCCACUUCCCCUAUGAGUAUCCUACCUUCUUUUUCCAUACCCACCCAUAAGUAGCAGGAGAGAUUUCCAACUGACAAGAACCUUUUCCUGCUCCACCCAUAUAUUUCAAUUACACCUUGUCUUUAUUCUUUUCCACGGCUCCUCCAUAUGGAAGGAAUGAUGAGGAGCAACAUAAAGGGAGUCUUGGCCUGUCAGUUUCCUCAGCCAUGGAGUGAGAGGCCCAGUACUCAACAUUUUCUGCUCCUCCAGCCCUGUCUCUAAGCCUGCCCACCUCCACCCAUUCCUACCCCUUCUUCACAACCAGUGGAUAUAGCCAACCUUCAGUCCUGUUCCUGAUAGAAGGUUGUGGUCUUUAUCUUCUUUUACCUCUUUUUUUCAUGACAAAAAUGAAGAGGGUCUUUAUGACCCUAUUAUGGGCCAACUCCAGAGCUGGCCUAGAAAGCUGACUUUAUCUGUCUUUGGGGGGAGGGGGAGAUUCCUUUUACUUUUCAAAAGUGGGAAAAAGGACAGAUACCCAAGCCUUUGACCAUGAUAGUUGCCUAGCCCACCAGAGGAAACUAUUUUUGUCUGACUGCACAUGAAGCCCCUAUGAUGAUCUUCAGGAAUUUGCCUAUAUUUUUGAGGCCCUGUAGAACAUUAUCCCCAUAGCUAUAACUGGGUUCAAGCAGAUACAAACUCACCUCCUAGAAACCUGAAGUACCUGCCACAUUGAUAACUCUGGCUCCUACCACCCCAUGUGUACCACAAAGCACAGCCUGGACCUUUUGAAGAGGGUGUGGUGAGAUAAGCUAACCCUGCAGGGUCAUUAUCAGGAACUUCCAUGUUUCUUUCCCCAUCUAAGUUUAGUCUAAAAAAGAUUUCAGGACUAAGAUCUUCACCCCUGGGACUUUCCACUUCCAAACCACAGGCCAACAUUCAAGCAUAGUGCAGAUAUGCUAUUCAAGUCUGAAGUUAGAAACAAUGCCCAUAUGUGAAGUAGCAGAUAUUCUGAUCCGCUUUUCUCUCCUUUCCUUUGUGAUUGUCACUAUUUUUCAGACAGUGUCCCCACCUCCCUCUUGUCUUGCCUUACUGGCUAUCUGGACUUGAUGGAGACUGCCCCUUCUGAACAACCCAUUUUGGCACUGCCCAAGUGGGAGUGUCCUCUACCUUCUACUCGUCCUCAUCCCAGCUUGCCUAGUGCUUCUGGGGAAUUUAACAGCUAUGAUGCAGACCACAGGGAAUUUGUGAGGCCUCUGUGUUAUCUUUUAUGUUUGUGGCUUAUCUUUCUUUUUUCUAUAGAUCUAUCACCUCCAUCCUUGUUGGGAUGGGGGGUACUUUAGCAUAUUUGCUUUUCCUACCUUGGGGACCCCCAGGGGCCAAGCAGUCCUCCUUUAGUCACACCAAAGGCAAAAGGCCUGGCUACCUCCUAAUUAGCACGUGAGGUCCCCAUUCCCCUUCUUUCUACUCAGCUUUGCUUAUCUUGGAGAUUUCAAGGCAGCAGUGGGGAAGUAAGGGGAAAGCAGGAGAAGCUUCUAACCCUGUAUGGGCAACUUCCUGACUAAAGGCUGACUGUUGUCACCAAAAACAGGUCCCUAUCCCUUUCACCCAUUAAAACUCCCUCUUGAUCUUUCAAAGGCAGCUAAUUGCUAGCACCCUUGCCCCACCCACUCCAGGCCUCUUUUCCCUCGGUUUCUUUGUUAGGUUCUGUGGAGCUGAAACCCAGCCUCUAAUGGGGUUUGUUUAGUUUAGUUGGGUUCUCAGAGUCUCCUGUUAUUUUGUGUU